AGGGUGUUUCUGUGUAGCUCUGGCUGGCCUGGAUCUCAAGAGACCCGCCUGCCUCCGCCUCCCGUGUGCUGGGAUUAAAGGCCUGCGGCACCGGGCUGCUUUAUUAUUAUAAGAUCAUAUUACAACAUCACAGACACGUUUCCUAAAAAGAUAAAUAAACAAAAAGGCAGCGUCGCCCGUGUGAGGUGCAGUCCCCGAUGCACGGACUCACUUCCACAAGGAAACGGCGACCGACCGGAGCGGACGAGCGAACCCCGCGGGAGCACCCCGCGGCACUUCCGGCUCCUGCCGCCCUGCCCAGCCUAGGUUGGGCCGCGCACGCCUAGCGGCCCUGGUGCGGUGUGAGCAUGCGCACUCCCCCCGGUAGGCUCUGGAAGACACGAGCGACCCGGAAGACUUUCCUGCCACACUCCAGAGCCGGUGUGAGGGGCGUCGAUGGCGGAGGGUGCGAAGGCGGCAGCUGAGAGCGGUGGUGGCGGCGACUCCGGAGCAGGCGCAUGCGAACGCGGGGUGGCGCCCAUUAAACCUCAGUACCGAACCACCAAGGAACGGUUCCAUGAAUACCUGGAUGCAGACAAGGGGGAGGGUGUAUGCCAGGAAACGCCCGCAGGAGAUGGCAAUGAAGACACAGCCGAGCCAGAGGCCAAGAGGAGCCGUCUGGAAGAUGCGCAGGAGAACGGGAAGACGGAGGUGGCAGUUGAAUCCUCUGAACAGAGGCAGGUGCCCAAGAGGGCCCGUGGCCAAAACAAAAGCCGGCCCCACGUGAAGCCAGCGCACUAUGACAAGGAGAGGCUAUGCCCGUCCCUUCUCCAGGAGCUGGCGACUCCGUGCGCGUUUGGAGACCGCUGCCGUUUCCUGCAUGAUGUGGAGCGCUACCUGGAGACCAAACCAGCAGACCUGGGCCCGCGCUGCGUGCUCUUUGACACCUUUGGCCGCUGCCCUUACAGCGUCACCUGUCGCUUUGCCGGGGCGCACCUGGGGCCGGGCGCUCAGAACCUGGUGUCAGAGGAGGUGGCGGCCCGCUGUGCGCACCUCCCCUCUGUGCGCAAUGGCCUGGACAGGGCCCUGCAGCAGCAGCUGCGGAAGCGCCAGGUGCGCUUUGAGCGAGCUGAGCAGGCCCUGCGCAACCUCACGCAGAGCCCCGUGCCUGCGGCCAUUCCUGAGACCACCGUGGCCACGGUGACCCCAGAGCAGAACAGCUGCCACGCCCAGCCAGACCCCGUAGGAGGGGCUGGCACCCCACAUGGCAGCCCUGUGCCCACCUGUGGCCCCCUGACAGACGAGGAUGUCGUCCGGCUACGUCCCUGCGAAAAGAAGCGGCUGGACAUCAGAGGGAAGCUGUACCUGGCUCCGCUCACCACGUGUGGGAACCUGCCCUUCCGCCGCAUCUGCAAGCGCUUUGGUGCAGAUGUCACCUGUGGCGAGAUGGCCGUGUGCACCAACCUGCUCCAGGGACAGAUGUCCGAGUGGGCCUUGCUCAAGCGCCACCCGUGCGAGGACAUCUUUGGGGUGCAGCUGGAAGGCGCCUUCCCCGACACCAUGACCAAAUGCGCGGAGCUCCUGAAUCGCACCAUUGACGUAGACUUUGUGGACAUCAACGUGGGCUGCCCCAUUGAUCUUGUCUACAAGAAGGGUGGCGGCUGCGCCCUCAUGAACCGCUCAGCCAAGUUCCAGCAGAUUGUGCGAGGUGUGAAUGAGGUGCUGGACGUGCCGCUGACUGUUAAGAUGCGCACCGGUGUCCAGGAGCGCGUGAGCCUGGCGCACCGCCUGCUGCCCGAGUUACGGGACUGGGGCGUCGCACUGGUCACGGUGGGUGUCGGCGCCCCUGUGGCCCUCCUGGUCUUUUGUUUUCUGUCUCCUUUGGCUCCGUGCUGUCUCCCUGGGCUCCCUCCUGCCCUUCACCUCGGGGCCCCGAGGCCUGUUCCCCUCGAGCUUACCUCCUCAUUGCUUCGUCCCGCCUCACAGCUUCAUGGCCGCUCCCGAGAACAGCGCUACACCAGGCUGGCCGACUGGCCCUACAUAGAGCACUGUGCCAAGGUGGCCAGCCCCAUGCCCCUGUUCGGAAACGGGGACAUCCUUUCAUUUGAGGACGCCAACUCUGCCAUGCAGACAGGCGUGGCAGGGAUCAUGGUUGCCCGUGGUGCCUUGCUCAAGCCCUGGCUGUUCACGGAGAUCAAGGAGCAGAGGCACUGGGACAUCUCGUCCUCCGAGCGCCUGGACAUCCUCAGGGACUUCACACACUAUGGCCUGGAGCACUGGGGCUCUGACACGCAGGGCGUGGAGCGGACCCGGCGCUUCCUUCUGGAGUGGCUGUCCUUCCUUUGCAGGUAUGUCCCUGUGGGCCUGCUCGAGCGACUCCCGCAGAGGAUCAACGAGAGGCCGCCCUACUACCUAGGCCGGGACCACCUGGAGACGCUCAUGGCCAGCCAGCAGGCUGCAGACUGGAUUCGCAUCAGUGAGAUGCUGCUUGGACCAGUUCCCCCUGGCUUUGUCUUCCUGCCCAAGCACAAAGCCAACGCCUACAAGUAGCCAACGGAGACAAUAAAUUUUAUUCUUCUACAA